CAACUUUCCAAAGUGCUGGUUUGUCUUCAACACUCUUCCGCCUUCGACGCGUUUAACAUCCUUACAGGCUUGUUUUUCGAUGGCAUGAAGCACUCAGAAGCUCUGAAAAGGUUUUGACCCUCAGCAGCGGCACAAAAGUGACCCUAUCGACUGGAAAAUACGGUUCAAAGCUCAGAAUGAAGACAAUUAUCUGGUUUGGAGUUGUGCUGGGUGCUCUCGCUGCUGCAGGAAAGGUCUUCAUCGCAGAAGUUGGGAUGAAAAAGGCACUCGAGUGUGGAAACCGCAAGACCAUAACAGACGUGCAGUGGAAUCAUGGUUCUGAACAGAUUUGCAAAGUUGAUGUUAAAACAGGUCGAUCCGUUAAAGGGAAAAGUAACAUUUUAGAAAGGUCAAGGAUAAUACAAGACAAAAAUCUGCAAAUCCGUCCAGUAAAAGAAAUGGAUGCUGGACGCUUCACCUGUAUAGCAGAUGGUGCAACUUAUGAGCACACACUUAUUGUGGUCUCAGUCUCGGUUAAUCCCUCCAGCGACCUCUCAGCGGGCGCGGAAGCGUCUCUGGAGUGUCGGGUCACAGAGCCAGACCAAAAGUCCACAGUCAAGUGGGAAAAGCCAGGUGGUUCGUUUGAGAAUUCCCCAAAAGUUCAGCUCAGCCCUGUGGAAGUCUCACAUGGAGGGCCUUGGCAGUGUCAUGUGACCAACGGUGCUGAAAAUUUCAGCAAAACUCUGAUGAUCUCUGUGAAAGGUAGAAUAUUUAUAGUCAAGGUUAAACUUUUAAUGUUUUUGUCCCAACAAAAGCAUUUUUUUCUUCUUCCAGAGGCCGAUCCUAAACUGACUUUACCAGUUCCAAAACAUGGUAAUCCCAACAUUCCCAAACCAUCCGAAGAUGAUCUUUCAUCACGUUGCAAAGACUCAGGCAGCACUAACCACCAGCCUCCAUCCGGCGGGAUGACGCUGCUGGGUCUGAUCUGGUGGGUUUGGGUUGCAGUCGGAGUUGGCAGCCUGGUUGUGAUCAUCCUGAUCGUUGUUGUCAUUGUCAUGAUGAGGAGAAUCAGGAGGCGGAAGAGGAAAUUUCUGAAGAUGAGGGACGCCAAAUUGCCGCCGAGAACCAAGAAGUACUGCCAGUGUGAGCGCCAAACAGCUGCAGCAAAACCGCAGCUAGGACGCCGGAGAGAGAAGCCGUCAGCCCAGCCGCUCCGACCCCUGCUGAUGGAGUGACAUGAAAGAGGAGGAAUGGUGAAAGAGGAAUGGAGAGAUGGCGAGGAAGAUAGAGAGAGGGAGAGAACAGCAGAGUGAGAGUGGCUUGAAUGUAAAUGAGCUAUUAAAUGUUCUGGAUGAGCAUAUCUAAUCAAAUGUAAUGCUAACGGCACUUUGAGCUUUUUUAUCAAAUGCUGUCGUCACAUCAUAUUUAGUUUCCUUUUCCUGUUUGUUGUCUUGAGUCUGAUUCUCCAAAUCUGUUUCAGUUCCAGCCACUUAGUGAUUGUUUGAUUUUUGCUCAGACUUUGCCAUCAUUUAUUUUAACCGUAAAUAAAAAUAGUAAAGAUUUGCAUCAAAUUCCAUCUGUUUUUCCUCUUCCAAUUAGGUUUUGCAUUAAGCCUCCAUCACAGGGAUGAAAUUGCACAGGUUAAAUUUUAUUUAAAAUGUCUGUACGCUGCGAAAACUGGUUUUCAAGAAGGUAAAAAAUCGUAUUUUUUAGAUGUGUUAUCAUAUUUUUUGGUUUAUUGUCUGUAAAAUCAUCACUUUUGUAACAAGGUAAAUAUUCUUAAAUCUGAUCUAAAUCUUGUUUGAGUUAAGUCUCCCAGUGGGGUUAGCAAAAGUUAAUUGGCUACAAUUCUAAAAACUAGCAAACUAUUCAAAAGUUAGAUUUAUUUGCUAUUUUUAAAACUUCUGACCAAUCAACCCUUACUUUCAACAGUCUUGAAACACCCCCGAUCCCAAUAUUUACCAGUUGUCUAUACGAAUAAAACCUUUACAUUCCUGUCAGUUUUGCACAAAAUGACUUGGACAGAAAUACCAGGAUACUCCUGCUAAAGUCCAUUGGAAGUUCAACAGCUGGUUACUACUUGCACAAAUAAUCAUAAAAUCAUUAGCACGUUGAGAUUUCAGUGAAAUGUAAAGCACAUUACAAAUAAAAUGUAUUAUUAUUAUUAAAAUAUGUAAAUUACCUCAUAAUGUGCAAUUAAGGCAUUGCAAAUGCUAAAACACCUUAAUCUAACUGCUGAAAUGUUUCCUCAGCUUUUAUUAGAUUCUAGAGGAGCGAUUCAUCACAAAAAUCAAACAAAUCAGCUGUGUUCAUGAUCUAAAACAUGCAGAAAGCGUGUUGGAAGCAGAAUCCAGCUCCAAUCCACCAGCAGGGAGAGGCCCGCCAACUCUGAAGUUGCAAGUCUGGUGUUCUGGCCACAGGGGGUGCUGAGGGUCUGCACAUA